AAUAGUGCACAGUUUUCCUUUAAUGGACACUAAUAUCAGAGAGUCUGGUAAAGCCUAUUCAGUAAACCUUCCAGAUACAUUUCAUGCAAUCUCCAUGACAAAUACAAGUGAAAAGCAAGCUUCUCCUAAAUCAGAGUGUCAUUCACUUCGGUUAGAAGAGAAACGUUCUUCUGUUAUACCUCAAAGACUGGCUAGUGAAAAGAAAUCAGAAGACAUUUCUGAACAGGAGCACAGCUGGAGCAUAAUACUGAGUCAGACAGAAGUCUCUGAUUCCUCCCUUGAAGAUAUUUUUAGCAGAUCCGUAGAUUCAGAUAAACCACUAGGGGACAGUUAAUAUCAAGGGUAUGCAAAGUCAGAUAAUUAUCAGAGUGAGUUCAAGGAUCAUGAGUUCACAGACCUUGAGGAAAGUUUUGAAAUGUGCAAAAUAGAUGAGAGCAAUAGCAAACCACCCAUACAAUUGCACGGUUCUCCAAGUCCACAUGAAGUAGACAUGCAGUACAUGAAGAAUCCAGAAGAUGGCAAGGCCAUAAAGCACUUGAUCCCUGGUGGGGCUCAGAGGGAAAUACUACUAGAUGAUGUUGGAAUGGACAUCCCAUUUGAUGCAGCUGAAUUCAGACCAGAACCUCCAAAUUCAUUGGAUUUAAAUGGAUCCCACACAAGAAAAAUAAAGCUUACUGCACCUAACAUCAACCUUUCACUGGACCACAGUGAAGGCUCUAUCCUGUCAGAUGAUAAUCUUGACACUCCUGAUGAGCUUGACAUUAACGUAGAUGACCUGGAUACUCCAGAUGAAGCUGAUUCCUUUGACUAUACGGGACAAGAUGACCGACCUGCACUUGGGGAAGUUGCACCUGAGAAUUUUGAGUCAAUCAAGGAGUAUACAGCAGAAGAAGAGAGAGCAGAUAACAGAUUGUGGAGGACAGUUAUAAUUGGAGAACAAGAACAAAGAAUUGAUAUGAAAGCUAUUGAACCAUAUCAAAAAGUUAUAUCACAUGGAGGUUACUAUGGAGAGGGUGUCGAUGCCAUCAUUGUUUUCUCUGCAUGUUUCCUGCCUGACAGCAGCUGCUCCGACUACAACUAUGUCAUGGAAAACCUUUUUCUUUAUGUGAUAAGUACUCUGGAACUGAUGGUAGCAGAAGACUAUAUGAUUGUCUAUUUAAAUGGAGCAACACCAAGAAGAAAGAUGCCUGGUUUAGGAUGGAUGAAAAAAUGCUACCAAAUGAUAGACAGGCGGUUAAGGAAGAACCUAAAGUCAUUCAUAAUUGUUCAUCCGUCUUGGUUCAUUCGGACUAUAUUAGCAGUGACAAGACCCUUCAUAAGCUCCAAGUUUAGCAGCAAGAUAAAGUAUGUGUCUACACUGGCAGAACUCAGAGAGUUGAUUCCGAUGGACUAUGUGCAAAUCCCAGAGAGCAUUAUCAAGUAUGAAGAAACAAGAUGUUUUUCAAGAAGUGUAAGACUGGACGAAGAAUUGAAAGAAGCUGAAUCAAACAAAGCUGGCUGUCUUCCCGGUGAGCCGGAAAUCACAUCCUUGCAUCACAGAUCUGAAAAGAAAAAUGGAGACAACUUAUGAUACCCACGUAACAGAAGGAGAAUGAGCUACAUGCUCAUCAGUGGAAUAAUCAGACAUUUGUCUUAAUAUAUUAUUUUUUCUGUGAUUAUUUUGAUUGCAUAAUGCCCAAGACAAUUUAUGUACAUUAUUUUUUAAAAGUAUAAUUUAAUAAUAGACUGCAAUGAGGAAAUCUCUUUAAUCUGAAAUAGCAUUUCAUUACUGCAAGGUAUCAAACGUAGCUUGUCUUAAUAUAGUAUAGAAAUAUAUAUAUCACAUGCAAAUCAUGGCAUAUAUUGAGCAUGCUCAUAAGUCUCAUAAUGAAAAUAUAUGGUAAUUCAAGGGUGAUUAAGUUAAAUUACAGAAUUUAUUUUGCUUAGGCUUGGUUCUAUCUUGUGGAAUAACACAUUAUAUAUUUAAAUGGAUAGGAGACUUUAUUUAAUGCAGUAUUGAUCUACAUGUAUGUGUUCUAAAUCAUUUUAAAAAAAUAAGCCUAGAUAGCUGUCAUGUAGCAAUCCUUUUCAUAUGAAAUCCUGGACAAAACACAAUAGUGGCUUGAGAGAGAAAAACUUUCUCAGGUUGCAUUUUAUUGAGUAUUUAGAGACCAUUUUAAUCAUUAGCCUAGAAGAUCAAUAAAAUUACAUUUUAGGGAAACUAUUAAAAAGCUUCUUCAAAAUGUAUACCAUGAUGAUGCAGAACCACAGUUAGGUUAAUUUCCUGUCCUGUUUAAAUAUUUAGUAGUCAUGACUUGGGGGGAGCGGGGGUCCCACACUUCCCAAGUUAUAUCUGUGCCUUUAUUUUGUCCUUUUGAAUAUUUAAAUUCCCCUCAGGGUAAACCAGAAACAAAUGUCACAAUAAAGGAUUCAACACAGAAGUAAUGCUUAACUUGCGUGCCUCACUGGAACACCAGUUCCUUUUUGGUGAUUUUCUGUGAACUCCACUUCUGUAAUGACUGAUUGUUACUGUAUUUGUACAGCUGCACAGGGAAGCUAUUGUUAUUCUUUGAUCGGUAAGAGAUAAGUCCAAGCCGUAAGUAAAGCUUCACACAGAGAUUACAUAGGUACAGUGUUGCUGUAGUUUCCCUAACUUAUGUGCGUAUAAAAGUCUCUGUGAAUUUCCUCCAGUAGUUGCUACUUGUGUUCACGAUAGUACUCGGUGUAAAGAACUCAAUUGCAUACUUGACCUUUCUGAUUUUCUUAGCUUUGUAAUUGAUGAACCACAGUUGUCCAUGGAAUGGAACGUUAUGCUUUUAAGAGGCGCUCCCUUUAAUAUGAAACGUUUAAAUUUUCCCAGUUCCACACGUCUUGCUCUUUAACUGGAAUAUCUGUCAAAAUUGCCUUUGUAUUGUUCUUGUGGUUUUGUCUUGUGGUAAAACGUCCAGUGUCGUUGCGACAAAGCACAAGGAACAAAAGAAGAACUGAACAUUCUCUUAAGGCUGCAAACUAUAACAUGUCUAAAUAUUUGUGAUUUCAAUGAAAAAGGGCCCAUCGCCUGUAGUUCUGUCAUUGCCUGCAUCCCUAUAAACCGAUUUCAAAAGACCAGAGCAGCGCCAUCAUUAUAUUAAAAGUGUCAGUCACUAUAUUUCCCUUGCAAUAUUAAACCUUAUAUUUAAGAUGUCAUAUUAAAGUUAUGUGCGCUGCCUCAUAAUCACAUCUCAACCAAAUUCAUUGUCAAAUGUUCCUUUAAGUCUAAUGUUUCAUUAAAGAGAUGUCCUUGGAAAAAA